UAUGGGCCCAGCUUAGGUCCAAUAGCGGAUCCAUCAAUAGAAUUAGAAACCGCUUCCCGGCAAAAUACCAGAUGAGAGUUUUCGCAAUGCAUGCGGGGGAAACGAAAUUCUUGCUGAAGCUGAGUGUCUGAGAGGCAUUUCCGAAAAUUGAUCUGAAAGCGCCCGCAAAAUUCCACACCAAAAUCUGCGCGUUUGAUUUGAAUUUAGAGAGAAACGGCGAUGUCCGAUCUCCGGCUUCUAGCUGUGGAAUUCCUCAUCGAAUCUGCUCAUCGACUUGAAGCUACUCCGAUCGUCAAAUACACUGCAUUGUCUCUCUUGGCUGAUCGAUUCUAUCCUUCUCUCUCUAGGUCUGUGGGCCAACGCAAAAUGGGAAACUGGCUUUUGCAACCCAUGACGCAGAGCAAUUUGCAAUUAUUUGCACUUGUUUCUAUAUGGAUUUCCAGCAAAAUACAUGAUUCUUGUCCACUGUCUGUCAAGAGUUUGAAGACCUUGGGAGAUAAAAGCAUCAAAGAACAACAUUUUACAGCUCGAGAUUUCUUGGAAGCAGUAAGCAAGUUUCAUUAUCAAGGUUUUAGAAUCUCCUUACUCCUUGUUGCCCAUUUACUUGAGCAUUUAAUGAAGCCAUUGUGUAGGAGGUGGUCUUUUUGCAGGGGAGUGGCAAAAAAUGGGGAACUUAUCGAUUUUGAGGCGUGCAUGGAUAUCAUGGAUCUUCUCUAUGAAAAGGAGGAGACAUCAGUUCUUUAUUCUUCUCCUCGUACACUCGCUGCAUCUACCUUGGUUGCUUCAUAUGUUAUCACAGUCCCAGUCCCUACACAAAGAUGGAGGUUUCCUGUCCUUCCUUGGGUGAAGUUUGUGACCUCAUUCAAAGAAGAAGAUAUUGUGGAAAUUGUCAGAGACAUUCUUAUGCAUGUGCUUGAUCCUCGACAACCCGGAAUCAAAAUCUUGGAAGUGGAAGAGAAGAAAUUCCUUUGAUAUGACUGCUAAAGCUCUUCUACAUACUUGUUGAUGCCAAAAUUUUGUUAGGGGUUCUCAAUGCUUUCUUCACCAAGAACAACCAAAUAAGGAAAUAUGGGUCUUCUUUUUAUGUUGCAUGCACCUCCUUGAGAUGUUAAUGGUGCUCUCUGUCAGCACCUGGUCUCUCAAGGACUAUAGGAGUCUAUAUCUGCUCACUGCCCAUGGUUCCCCCUGGCUCAGAUCCAUCCUCGCCCAGUGCUGUCCCUUUUUGCUGUUACUUGGUUCGACAUCUUCUUGGAGUUCUUUAAGAGAAUAUUGUUUUUACUUUGGCGAUUUCUUUUCUCGAUCCUCACCGGUGAUACAUCUCCAUGACAUGUAAGAAGCGGCAGGGGCUGCUCUUUUAUUUCGGGUCGCAUGGAUCUGUAGCAUUCAGAACUCUACCCGUUUCUUGUGUUUAGGCUGUUGGUUUGUUCCAUUUUGGACUGGGCUGUAGUAUGAGAUUUUACGUUGUGGUUUUUUUUUAAGACUAGAUGGGUUGGGUUUGCCUUUUUUAACAAUAUUGGGUAAUAUCAUGUACUCUGUGGAUUUAGAUCCUUUUAAUUCAAGACAUGUUAUUUUUGAGAAAAAAAAUCCAUGACUUAAAUGAUGG